AGGACUUGCGGUACUUUAAAUCAGAGAAGACAGACCGGGGUGUGCUGCAGGAGGGCUGGAUCGACAGCCAGGAACCCAUCAUGUGCUCCUACAAAUUGGUGACAGUCAAGUUCGAGGUGUGGGGUCUUCAGACACGGGUGGAGCAGUUUGUACACAAGGUCAGUCCAGUUAUGUCUACCCACCAUUUCUCUGUAUCCACACACACACACAACACACAGACAGACAGGGAUGCACAGGCAGGCAGACAGACAGACAGGGAUGCACAGGCAGGCAGACACACACCAACAAUGGCGUUCUUCACUCCUUGCCCUCUCCCAAUAUAACUUUCUCAGCCAUCCAUUUCCUCUCCCUUCAAUUCAAUUUAGCCGCCUCCACCCCUACCUAUACCCCUGUUCCCCCUCUGAGCUGUCCCUCUCCUUGCCUGAGGGUCUCUCUCCCUGACAUCACAUGCAGAACCAUUACUCUCUCUCUCGCUCUCUCUCUCACACACACACCAUGACUCAUACAGGGACACACAUGGCUAACGUUCACUGGAGGAGGAGUGGAAGGAAGACAGAGAACAACUCUUAAAGUUCAACGUCUCUGACUCACCUGUCCUCUCACUACAGUAUGUCUACUAACUUUCUUUCCUGACUUCUUUCUUUCUUUCUCACUCUCCCUCUUUACCUUCCUUCUCCUCCUGUCUCCAUCCUCAGGUUAUCCGUGACGUCCUGCUCCUAGGACACAGACAAGCCUUUGCCUGGGUGGAUGAGUGGAUUGGUGAGUUUGCUUCUUGUCUCUGUCCCAGUUAGUUGACACACACACAUAUACAGUGGGGAAAAAAGGAUUUAGUCAGCCACCAAUUGUGCAAGUUCUCCCACUUAAAAAGAUGAGAGAGGCCUGUAAUUUUCAUCAUAGGUACACGUCAACUAUGACAGACAAAUUGAGAAUUUUUUUUCCAGAAAAUCACAUUGUAGGAUUUUUAAUGAAUUUAUUUACAAAUUAUGGUGGAAAAUAAGUAUUUGGUCACCUACAAACAAGCAAGAUUUCUGGCUCUCACAGACCUGUAACUUCUUCUUUAAGAGGCUCCUCUGUCCUCCACUCGUUACCUGUAUUAAUGGCACCUGUUUGAACUUGUUAUCAGUAUAAAAGACACCUGUCCACAACCUCAAACAGUCACACUCCAAACUCCACUAUGGCCAAGACCAAAGAGCUGUCAAAGGACACCAGAAACAAAAUUGUAGACCUGCACCAGGCUGGGAAGACUGAAUCUGCAAUAGGUAAGCAGCUUGGUUUGAAGAAAUCAACUGUGGGAGCAAUUAUUAGGAAAUGGAAGACAUACAAGACCACUGAUAAUCUCCCUCGAUCUGGGGCUCCACGCAAGAUCUCACCCCGUGGGGUCAAAAUUAUCACAAGAACGGUGAGCAAAAAUCCCAGAACCGCACAGGGUGAACUAGUGAAUGACCUGCAGAGAGCUGGGACCAAAGUAACAAAGCCUACCAUCAGUAACACACUACGCCGCCAGGGACUCAAAUCCUGCAGUGCCAGACGUGUCCCCCUGCUUAAGCCAGUACAUGUCCAGGCCCGUCUGAAGUUUGCUAGAGUGCAUUUGGAUGAUCCAGAAGAGGAUUGGGAGAAUGUCAUAUGGUCAGAUGAAACCAAAAUAUAACUUUUUGGUAAAAACUCAACUCGUCGUGUUUGGAGGACAAAGAAUGCUGAGUUGCAUCCAAAGAACACCAUACCUACUGUGAAGCAUGGGGGUGGAAACAUCAUGCUUUGGGGCUGUUUUUCUGCAAAGGGACCAGGACGACUGAUCCGUGUAAAGGAAAGAAUGAAUGGGGCCAUGUAUCGUGAGAUUUUGAGUGAAAACCUCCUUCCAUCAGCAAGGGCAUUGAAGAUGAAACGUGGCUGGGUCUUUCAGCAUGACAAUGAUCCCAAACACACCGCCCGGGCAACGGAUUUGAUUUGAUUUGAUUUGAAGGAGUGGCUUCGUAAGAAGCAUUUCAAGGUCCUGGAGUGGCCUAGCCAGUCUCCAGAUCUCAACCCCAUAGAAAAUAUUUGGAGGGAGUUGAAAGUCCGUGUUGCCCAGCGACAGCCCCAAAACAUCACUGCUCUAGAGGAGAUCUGCAUGGAGGAAUGGGCCAAAAUACCAGCAACAGUGUGUGAAAACCUUGUGAAGACUUGCAGAAAACGUUUGACCUGUGUCAUUGCCAACAAAGGGUAUAUAACAAAGUAUUGAGAAACUUUUGUUAUUGACCAAAUACUUAUUUUCCACCAUAAUUUGCAAAUAAAUUCAUUAAAAAUCCUACAAUGUGAUUUUCUGGAUUUUUUUUUCUCAGUUUGUCUGCCAUAGUUGACGUGUACCUAUGAUGAAAAUUACAGGCCUCUCUCAUCUUUUUAAGUGGGAGAACUUGCACAAUUGGUGGCUGACUAAAUACUUUUUUCCCCCACUGUAUAUAUAUAUAUAUAGAUAUAUAUAUAUAAUAUAUAUAUAUUAUAGAUAUAUAUUUUAUAGUAUUUGUAUUUUAUUGAGCAGGGAGACAGAGAGGGAGGGAGAUGCAGAGUAGUGUUGGGGCCAGGAUUCUUACCCACACUGAGGUGUGUUAAUAACCAUUAUUUUGUAUUAUGUUUUUAGUCUGAGCAUUUCUUCACUGUUUCAUUGAUUUGCUUCCCUGUUUCAACACUAUGAGCAAAAGGCUUAUAAAAUGGAUCUGUGUGACCAGGCUUGUCAAACACAAGGUACACUGCAACAAGACCUAAGUUCAAAUACGACAUUAUUUAAAAUCUUUCAAAUACCUUAAGCUUUAACCUGCCUGGAGGGCCAGGUGGGUGGGGUUUGUACUUCCAAUACUUUUCUAUUGGUUCCAUUGCAACAGGCAAGCUCAAUCAAAAACAGCUACACUAUUUCAAAUCAUUUCUAAUAGUAUUUGAAUGCAGAUCUGACUGAAACUACACUUCUCACCCUGUUGAUACAUUUCUUAGCUGUAUUAUUUUUGAAAAAAGACAAUUGAUAGGCCAGAUAACUCUUUCGUACAUUUUGAAUUAUGUACUUAACUUUGUAAGUGUUUUUGAAAAGCUGACGCAUCACGAUUGUCAUGGAAAAGGAACAUAAACAUUCUUUAUAAUAACAAUAGAUUCAUUGUAUUUAUAAAGCCCAUUUCUCACAACCAAUACGUUUUCUCGCUGGCCUUCAUCAGAGAAGGUGCCACUUGAGAUGUUUCCACUGCAACAGAAUGAUUCAGAGAAUCUGUACACAGAUACAGAGAGCACUUGACUCUGUACUGUAUGGGUCAUAGGAUGAGAGAACAUGAGAGCAUGCUGAGAGUCAGUAGCUAUUUUAUUUGGGACUUACUGAGCCUGACUUUAAAGAUAGAGGAACAUUUAAGACCACAAGAGCCUGCUCUUUCCCCUAUUCACAUACAACAUGAACCAGUAUACAGUACAUAACUAGCACAGGAGAUGCACUAUAGCCUUAGGUCAAUCUAGCUUGCGUUGUUUGUGGGCACAUAUCCAUUAAUUUUUUUCCCCCUUCCUCCAAGAGCUGUGGGAGAUUCAGUGAAAGUGGCUGUAUCAGUGGAGGCCACUGAGGGGAGGACGGCUCAUAAUAAUGGCUGGAAUGGAGUAAAUGAAACCAUGUGUUUGAUGUAUUUGAUACCAUUCCACUAAUUCUGCUCCAGUCAUUACCACAAGCCCGUCCUCCCCAAUUAAGGUGCCACCAACCUCCUGUGGGCUGAAUAUCAUCUGGGUCAUAUUCAUUUAGCAGCACCAAAUGGAAAAAAAUAAACUGAAUCAGAGAUGGACUACCUGUCCAAUAAGAAAAACAAGUUUUAUUUUCUGUUGCAAAACAAUUUCAAACGUUGUGUGCCCUAAAUGAACAUGGCCCUGCUGUACACCAGUGGUCCUUCCCUCCGUCCUUACAUUGUGGUCUUCCACAGCCUACAUUACUAAGGUUUGUCUAAUAAUAUUCCUGAGAGCGUGUGUAUUCUACCAUUAACCACCACUAUAACAAACCACCCUGUGUCCACCCACUAAUGCGCUGCUCCACUUCAGAUAAAAGGCCCAGUGCAGUCAAAAACAUGAUUUUCUUGUUUUAUAAACAGUGGGGAGAACAAGUAUUUGAUACACUGCCGAUUUUGCAGGUUUUCCUACUUACAAAGCAUGUAGAUGUCUGUAAUUCUUAUCAUAGGUACACUUCAACUGUGAGAGAUGGAAUCUAAAACAAAAAUCCAGAAAAUCACAUUGUAUGAUUAUUGCAUGACAUAAGUAUUUGAUACAUCAGAAAAGCAGAACUUCAUAUUUGGUACAGAAACAUUUGUUUGCAAUUACAGAGAUCAUACGUUUCCUGUAGGUCUUGACCAGCUUUGCACACACUGCAGCAGGGAUUUUGGCCCACUCCUCCAUACAGACCUUCUCCAGAUCCUUCAGGUUUCGGGGCUGUCGCUGGGCAAUACGGACUUUCAGCUCCCUCCAAAGAUUUUCUAUUGGGUUCAGGUCUGGAGACUGGCUAGGCCACUCCAGGACCUUGAGAUGCUUCUUACGGAGCCACUCCUUAGUUGCCCUGGUUGGGUGUUUCGGGUUGUUGUCAUGCUGGAAGACCCAGCCAUGACCCAUCUUCAAUGCUCUUACUGAGGGAAGGAGGUUGUUGGCCAAGAUCUCGCGAUACAUGGCCCCAUCCAUCCUCCCCUCAAUACGGUGCAGUCGUCCUGUCCCCUUUGCAGAAAAGCAUCCCCAAAGAAUGAUGUUUCCACCUCAAUGCUUCACGUUGGGAUGGUGUUCUUGGGGUUGUACUCAUCCUUCUUCCUCCAAACACGGCGAGUGGAGUUUAGACCAAAAAGCUCUAUUUUUGUCUUAUCAGACCACAUGACCUUCUCCCAUUCCUCCUCUGGAUCAUCCAGAUGGUCAUUGGCAAACUUCAGACGGGCCUGGACAUGCACUGGCUUGAGCAGGGGGACCUUGCGUGCGCUGCAGGAUUUUAAUCCAUGACGGCGUAGUGUGUUAUUAAUGGUUUUCUUUGAGACUGUGGUCCCAGCUCUCUUCAGGUCAUUGACCAGGUCCUGCCGUGUAGUUCUGGGCUGAUCCCUCACCUUCCUCAUGAUCAUUGAUGCCCCACGAGGUGAGAUUUUGCAUGGAGCCCCAGACUGAGGGUGAUUGACCGUCAUCUUGAACUUCUUCCAUUUUCUAAUAAUUGCGCCAACAGUUGUUGCCUUCUCAGCAAGCUGCUUGCCUAUUGUCCUGUAGCCCAUCCCAGCCAUGUGCAGGUCUACAAUUUUAUCCCUGAUGUCCUUACACAGCUCUCUGGUCUUGGCCAUUAUGGAGAGGUUGGAGUCUGUUUGAUUGAGUGUGUGUACAGGUGUCUUUUAUACAGGUAACGAGUUCAAACAGGUGCAGUUAAUACAGGUAAUGAGUGGAGAACAGGAGGGCUUCUUAAAGAAAAACUAACAGGUCUGUGAGAGCCGGAAUUCUUACUGGUUGGUAGGUGAUCAAAUACUUAUGUCAUGCAAUAAAAUGCAAAUUAAUUACUUAAAAAUCAUACAUUGUGAUUUUCUGGAUUUUUGUUUUAGAUUCCGUCUCUCACAGUUGAAGUGUACCUAUGAUAAAAAUGAGAGACCUCUACAUGCUUUGUAAGUAGGAAAACCUGCAAAAUCGGCAGUGUAUCAAAUACUUGUUCUCCCCACUGUAUAUUUCCACACUACACACUUAGAAAAAAGGGUUCCAAAAGGGUUCUUCAGUUGUCCCCAUAGGAGAUCCCUUUUUGGUUACAGGUACAACCCUUUUUGGUUCUAGGUAGGUACCCUCUGUAGAAAGGCUUCUACAUGGAACCAAAAGGGUUCUAACAUGCAACCAAAAAUAGUUAUUUUAAAGGGUUCUCCUAUGGGGACAGCCGAAGAACCCUUUAAGGUUCUAGAUAGCACCUUUUUUUCUAAGAGUGUAUGAGGUUGGAAUAAUACUGUGAAAUUGUGAACAUUAUGAUAAUGCCCUUUUAGUGUAAGAGCUGUCUGAAAUGUCAGCCUGUUUAGGUGGGAUGGAGUUUUGGCCUGCCUUGUGAUAUCACCAGGUGGUAAAUUAGUUAAUAGACCAAUAAGAAACAGAGUUCCAAACCUCUCUGCCAAUAACAGCUAGUUUUCAGUUCUCCUUACUUAGACCACUCCCAGACAGUCCUAGAAAAACUUUUGCUUGAGAAAUUGCUCCUGCAAAGAAGCUAUUUUUGUUUCUUUUUGACCAUUUUAAUUGAAAACAAUUACAGUAAGAUACUUUUACCCCAAAAUUAUUUGAUAUUGAGAUAAAGAUGGCUGCAUUGGACCUUUAACCCAUAUCCAUACCCUCCCAGUACUUACGCUAUAUCACAAAGGAGCCGGUUUCCCUGGUUUCCCAGGUGAAGUCUUUGAUUAAAAUCAUUCUCAAUUGAGAAUCUCAAUUGAAAGUGAAUUUUAUUCCAGGACUAGACUUAAUUUACGGGCUCAUAACCAGGACUUGCUUGAACGGGUUCAUAACUUUAUCAUGCUGGUCAGAAAACUGGAGCGGAACCAAAAAAUUUUUGUUCUGUUCAGAAUGAAAUAAUUAUUUUGGUUCCAACCCCUGCCGGCCCUAUUUGUUGGUUUUUCUCUCAUUGCACAGUCACUUCCCUAUAACACGGCUCUGGACUGGAAAGCAGCACUCUAAAUGUAUAAGCAGACAAUAUUGGGCAGUUUCACCUGAACUAAUUGUCGUUUGGUUACUUUGACCAUGUUAUCACCGCUUUGGCCCAUCAAGCGUUUGUCGCUAAUGGUUGACUACCCGCCGACUAUGCCAACUUCCCCAGCUCUUUAUGGCUGUGUGACCUCCUGACCUCUUGCUGACCCUUCCCACAAGGCCUUGUACCUCCUGCACCAAGUGCCCUAGCUAGCUAACAGGUGGCACGGUGGCGGUCUGGAACCUCUCCACAGAUAUGACUUGGGAUGAUGUGCAGGAGUACGAGAAACACAUGCAUGAGAAAACCAACAUUAGAGUUGGCAAUGUCCAACAAGCACAGCAUACCACAGCAUAAACUCACUGGACGUGGUAGAGAGCCUUGAGACAGCCAGCCAUAUGUCUUCACUCUACCUUCACUGUUUCUCUAAUGUAUGCUGGUGUCUCAUCUCCCUCUUCCUCUCUGACUUAUUUCAUGUCAUCCAUUCAAACACACUCAAACGUUCAUACAUUGUCAUUUACUGCAUUGAACUUGCUUUGUUUGUCCUACCGGAACAGUACAGAACGCGUGCACGGACCCAAACACACACACGCACGCACACACACACACACACACACACACCAAAGCACACACACACAAGUAAGAAAGUCACUGUUAGCAUUUCACUGUUAGUCUACACAUGUUGUUUACAAAGCAUGUGACAAAUACAAUUUGAUUUAACACACACACACACGUACACAGAUACACACACACAAGCACAGACACACACAGAUACUUGUGAGCAAGGAUGAUGACUGAGCGGAUGAUGACUGUGUUACUGUCUCCCCUCUGGAACACACACAACCGAUUAUGAAUUCAGAUUUGUGUUCAGAGCAGGGAACUCCUUUUCAUGUAUUGCUUGUAUUCAUCUCCCAGAGCCUUUGAAAUGUAAGCUCUUUAAAAUCCAACAGGUGAAGUCAGAUACGUAUUUACUGUAUCAUGUAAUUCUGUUAUUACACUAUAAUGCUAAGACAUACAGUUAAGACAUACAGUAGAUGUCAUGGGGUUAUAAAAUCUCCCUCUCUCUCCCCUCCUGAAGAAAUGACCAUGGAUGAGGUGAGAGAGUACGAGCGGGCCACCCAGGAGGCCACCAACCGUAAGAUCGGCCCCUUCCCCCCAUCCAUCUCCAUCACCGAGACCCCCCUGGCCUCGGUGGCCCGCAACGGGCCCUCCAGCGCCCCCUCCACCCCCCUCGCCACGGAGCCUCCAGAGUUCCUCUCUGUGCCCAAGGACCGGCCCAGGAAAAAGUCAGCCCCAGAGACCUUGACCCUCCCCGACCCCAAUCGCAGGGACUCAGGCUUCAGGCUGGCUAGUAUCUUCUCCUGGGGCUCAACCCCUAGCCCCCAGCCUGAAUGAGAGGGGGACCCAGAGGAGUAGUAUACACCUAUCUACAUUCAGGGGGUGGCUAUGAACAUCCAUUUUGUCACCUAGACAACUUAUGUAAAAGGGGGUGUGUUGUUCACAGACCUCCUAUAACUUGGUGGUGUGGUAAAUGCCUCUUCACAGGCAGUUGCAGGUAUCACCCUGAAGCCUACCACUGUCACCAACUAACUGUGUCUUGGUCUGCCUUUGCAGAGAGAUAGUCAGCCUGAUCACCAUGCAUCACUUGGAGAGGAGGCUCAAAGCACACACCACAUACAUGUACGCGCAAACACGCACGCACACACACACACACACACCCACUGAGUGUCUUUUAAAAACCUCUUAACCUCUCCAUCGGUCCCAUCGAAACACAGUAACCAGCAUCAUCUACCAGCCAGAAAGCUCAUGUGGAGAUAAAUUCUAGUCUGAUUUAAUUUAGUUCACAUUCCUCUGAAUACUUUGUGCUUCUCUUCAGUGUCUCAGCCCUCUUUCAUCUCAAUUGAUACUGUAUCUCAGGGUUUGUUACCUAGAUACACAGAGAUCAGAUAAAUAUACUCUUCAAUCAGCUCAAUCUUUAUGCAUAUGGUUAUAAAUGUGUGGGAUGAUCAAACUCAUUUUCUCCUUUCUCUUUGCACUCAUGCCCUCUUAUUGGUUGGAAAUUGACACCAUGUAAUUUUAGUUCUAAUUGUGUGUUGGGGUUGUCAUUCAUGGAUUGUUGUAGGUCGCAGUGAAACAGUUAAAGUAAAACGGUGGAUUUCAGGAGAGUGUUAUUUUUUAUCCUGUGUUUUUUUUUGUAAAUAUGUAUAUUUAAGAGUUAUCUAUUGUAAAAAUGCUGAAUUCAUUGAUGUCUUUCAAUGCUAUGGAAUUGCUGUAAUCUCUGUAUUUGAGAGAGAAAAAGAGGUCUAUGGAGAGAUCUAAAGUGGAGGUAUUCUCUUUCUGAAUCUGUAUUCUGUUGGUAUAGUUUUGUUGGCCAGGGUGUCCUUUAAAUGACAUAUAUAAAAAAUGCAUGGUUUGAAUAUCCAGCCUCUGCUUUUAUUUUCAACUGGGGGGGGAAAUGUACCUUUGAAAUUGCUGUCUUCUAUACAGUAUGGUGUUUUUCCUUUGUUUAAUACAGACUACGACAGGACAAAACAUGUCGGAUCAAUGUUGUGAUUUGGCUUUUAGGGAUGGUUUAAGUCAUUCAUUUGCAAUCAUGUUGUUGGUGUGUUUUAUAUCAAAUCAAUAAACGUAAUAUUACUCAAA